UGUGCGUCGGCGGGCGGGCGUGGCUGAGCGUCCCAGUGGCGCCUGUCCGGCAAUAUAGCUGCUCGGGACGAGGCAUUGGAGCGUGGGGCCAGAGCGCGGCGUGAGGGCGGGAGCGGCGACCUGGAGAGCAGAACAGCAGGCACGGGGCGGCCCGGAGUGAGGCGAGCACCAUGAACAGCAAAUGUGAUGUGGUCGUGGUGGGGGGCGGCAUUUCAGGUAUGGCAGCAGCCAAACUUCUGCAUGAUUCUGGACUGAAUGUGAUUGUUCUGGAAGCCCGGGACCGUGUGGGUGGCAGAACUUACACUGUUAGGAACCCAAAAGUAAAAUAUGUGGACCUUGGAGGAGCCUAUGUUGGACCAACCCAGAAUCGGAUUUUAAGAUUAGCCAAGGAACUAGGAUUGGAGACCUACAAAGUGAAUGAAGUUGAGCGUCUGAUCCACCACGUAAAGGGAAAGUCAUAUCCCUUCAGAGGCCCGUUCCCACCAGUGUGGAAUCCAAUCGCCUACCUGGAUCAUAACAACCUUUGGAGAAAAAUGGAUGAAAUGGGGCAGGAGAUUCCCAGUGACGCCCCUUGGAAGGCACCCCUUGCUGAAGAGUGGGACAAUAUGACAAUGAAGGAACUGCUGGACAAGAUCUGCUGGACUGAAUCUGCAAAAAGUAUUGCCACUCUCUUUGUGAACCUGUGUGUCACUGCGGAGACCCAUGAGGUCUCUGCACUCUGGUUCCUGUGGUAUGUGAAGCAGUGUGGAGGCACAACCAGAAUCGUGUCAACAACCAAUGGAGGGCAGGAGAGAAAGUUUGUGGGUGGCUCCAACCAAGUGACUGAGCGCAUAAUGGAGCUCCUUGGGGAGCGAGUAAAGCUUGAGAGACCCGUGAUCCGCAUUGACCAAACAGGAGAAAGCGUGCUUGUGGAAACGCUGAACCAUGAGCUAUAUGAGGCUAAAUAUGUCAUCAGUGCUAUUCCUCCAGUUCUGGGCAUGAAGAUUCACUACAGUCCUCCUCUGCCAAUGAUGAGAAACCAGCUGAUCACUCGUGUGCCUUUGGGUUCAGUCAUCAAGUGCAUGGUCUACUAUAAGGAGCCCUUCUGGAGAAAGAAGGAUUACUGUGGAAGCAUGAUCAUUGAAGGAGAGGAAGCUCCAAUCGCCUACACACUGGAUGACACCAAACCAGAUGGCACCCAUGCAGCUAUCAUAGGAUUUAUUCUUUCCCACAAAGCCAGAAAACUGGCACGGCUUACCAAAGAAGAAAGGCUGAAGAAACUUUGUGACCUGUAUGCUAAAGUGUUGGGCUCCCCAGAAGCUCUGCAGCCAGUGCAUUAUGAAGAGAAGAACUGGUGUGAGGAGCAGUACUCUGGUGGCUGCUAUACAACCUACUUCCCACCGGGCAUCAUGACUCAAUACGGAAGGGUUCUACGCCAGGCAGUGGGCAGGAUUUACUUUGCAGGCACUGAGACUGCCACACAUUGGAGCGGCUACAUGGAGGGGGCUGUGGAGGCUGGAGAGAGAGCUGCCCGGGAGAUCCUGCAUGCCGUGGGGAAGAUUCCGCAGGAUGAAAUCUGGCAGCCAGAACCAGAGUCUGUGGACGUCCCAGCUCGGCCCAUCACCACGACCUUCCUGGAGCGGAACUUGCCCUCGGUGCCUGGCCUGCUGAGGCUGAUGGGACUCACCACUGUGUUUUCGGCCAUGGCUCUUGGCUUCCUGGCCUACAAAAGGGGAUUGCUUGUGCGGGUCUGAGAAGAGGGCAUCUUUAUAACCACAGCCUCUUCUUAACUCUCUGUAGGUUGUAGGUCUGGGGAAGGAGCUGGGAUGAAGAUCCACCAAGACAGAAAGAAUGCGUAGCAUGGAGAGGGGCAUAAAGCAAAGUCAGACCAUGAGCACAGGCAACCCACUUAGCUCUGUCUCCAUUAGGCCCCUAGUUAGUGACUCGGUACGCUAUCCCAUCGAUCUUCAAGAUUAUCGCCUUUGUACUUAAUUAGCCUUGUUGAAGGUCCUGCCUGUCCCACAGCACACCUUGCCCAUGUAUAACCAGUUUUCCCCCCACCUUUAUUGCUCUGUGCUUAACCCUCCUACUCGUAACACUCUCGUUUUUCCAAGAAUUCUGUGUUUGUCUUUAGGAGCCUAGACUGUUAUAGCUGGGGAAUCUAGCCCUCACUUUCUGUUUUAGAAUUGAGCCAACUGAAAGUGACAGAAGUGGAACUUAAGCAGUCACUGGUAUUUGGCAGGCUACAACACAGGUACAGGCCUUUUCCCGUUUCCCAAGAUGUGCAGCCACUUCCCUCCACUCCCUGCUGUGAUUGCAAAUGUUGCGCCCUUAUGUGGGUUUUCCCUGAACUAGGUGGUCUUAUGCUGCCCAAAUGCUACUCAGUGUAUCUCCUUACAUCUUGUCUUGUGCAGUGUGCCUCCAGAUGAGUUUAAUUGUUCGAAAUGUAGGAAUCCUGGCUUUUCUUCUUUUUCUGUCCUCCACUAUAUCUUGACAUAAAGGUCAAAACACGCUUAGUAAUUAAAAAUAAAAUUGAUUGGCCAGA